AUCGUUUUGCGUAUUCGUGUACGCGCCGCUGCAUCGCGCAAGUCACAUGAAAGUGUCCCAUGACCAAUACUGGUGAGAGAUGCAGUCAGCGAAGAGGAAACUGUUAACACAGUGUUCAGGUCUAAAUAAUUAUUGACAUUUUUUCUGUUUACAACGACUCUCCACUUAAGCGCAAGUGUCAUGCUAUACGAAGUCUUGUAAAGCAGCGGAUUGCUUGGUUUUUAGUGCGCUGGCUGGACCACACUGCUGAUGCCGGGUGGCAUCUGAGGGAGACACAAAGAGCUGCCUUCAGAGAGCAUGCUGCAGCAGGAUCUUUGAGUGUUUGAUAGGCUUGCUGUGACUGACGGAGCUAAUUUUGGUGACCCUGCUAAUGAGACAUCAGGGUGACAUUCACAGGUGGACAGACAUGAGCAGAUGAGGUUUUCAUGAUACCCAUUUUGGAGGACAAAAAUCAUUUUUAGAGCCACCUAUCUCCUGCUGUUUACAGAUUAACUAGAUCAUGUCAAACGAAAGCUCUCCUCUGCUGAACUACCGGCUUUUCAGUGUGGCAGGUGGGCUGCCUGCCAAUGAGGAGGAAUCUGGGGUGCGGGCAGAGGUGACUUUGUCCAAUGAGGCUCCCCAAGAUAACCAGCGAAGUCUCAACACUUUCUUUGGGGUCAUUGUGCCCACUGUUUUGUCUAUGUUCAGCAUUGUAGUCUUCAUGCGAAUUGGAUUUGUUGUGGGCCACGCAGGAUUUCUGCAGUCCUUGUUGAUGCUGGUAGUGGCUUAUGUUAUCAUCACCUUGACAGUAUUGUCUGUGUGUGCUAUUUCAACCAAUGGUGCAGUGCAAGGAGGUGGAGCUUACUUUAUGAUCAGCCGGACUCUGGGCCCAGAAUUUGGUGGAAGUAUUGGUUUGAUGUUCUACAUGGCAAAUGUAUGUGCAUGUGGUGUCUAUGUCUUGGGGCUUGUAGAGGCCAUCUUAGAUGACUUCGGAAUGAUGCCAGGUGUGGCAGGUCAGUUAAGCUUGCACUCUUUGCCACAAGGAUACUGGUACAAUCUUUUGUAUGCUACUGCAAUUCUGCUACUUUGUCUGCUUGUCUGUCUGGUGGGUGCAGAAAUCUACUCUAAAGCUUCCUUCCUCAUAUUUACGGUGGUCUCUGUGAUUUUGUUGACCAUCUUCAUCAGCUUUUUUGCUGUCAAGCCACAGAGUUUCAUCAUUUCACACCAGGACAGUGUCAAUAGCACCUUCAACACCAGCUACACAGGGUUCAACGUGUCCACUUUCAGGAGCAAUCUGUACUCAAAGUACUCUCGAGAUUACACCACAAACAACAUGAUGACCUUUGCAAUUGUAUUUGCAAUCAUGUUUAAUGGCUGUACCGGGAUUAUGGCUGGGUCCAACAUGUCUGGUGAAUUGAAGAACCCAAGUCUCUCAAUUCCUAAAGGGACAAUUAUCGCAGUCAUAUACACCUUCUUCAUUUACCUGUUUUUGUUUUUUAUGGUCAGUUUUACUUGUGACAGAUUGCUGCUCCUGGAAGACAACGGCUUUUUUAAGAAAAUCAAUGUCUGGUCACCUUUUGUCACUAUUGGAAUUUACUCCACAUCUCUAUCAGCUUCAAUGAGCACAUUAAUUGGUGCUUCUCGCAUUCUCCAUGCACUCUCCAAGGAUGACCUUUUUGGUGUAAUCAUGGCUCCUGCAAAAAUCACCUCAAGUGCUGGGAAUCCAUGGGUUGCUGUAUUAUAUACAUGGGCUCUAGUUCAGGCUGUGUUGUUUGCUGGGAAGCUGAACACCAUUGCUGGAAUUGUUACAGUUUUCUACUUAAUGGCUUAUGCUGCUAUUGAUCUGGCAUGCCUGGCCUUGGAAUGGGCAUCUGCUCCUAACUUCAGACCUACCUUCCAGCUCUUUAGUUGGCAUACUUGUCUGCUGGGUAUCAUCAGCUGCUUUGUCAUGAUGUUUCUGAUCAAUGCAGUCUACUCGUCUAUCAGCAUUGUGGUCAUGCUUAUUCUCCUGGUAGUUAUACACUACCGAGCACCUACCAGCAGCUGGGGAUACAUCAGUCAAGCUCUCAUCUUCCACCAGGUGAGAAAGUACUUGCUUCUCUUGGAUAUUCGUAAAGAACAUGUCAAGUUCUGGAGGCCUCAGAUUCUGCUCAUGGUGGCCAAUGCAAGAACUAGCUGUCAUCUCAUUAAAUUUAUCAAUGACCUCAAGAAGGGUGGUCUGUAUGUUUUGGGUCAUGUGGAGAUUGGAGACCUGGAUUCACUCCCGUCAGACCCCAUCCAACCGCAGUACAAUUUUUGGCUCAGUUUGGUAGACAAGUUGAAUGUGAAGGCUUUUGUGGACCUUACACUAUCACCUUCUGUCCGACAAGGUACUCAGCACCUUCUUCGCAUUACUGGUCUGGGUGGAAUGAAGCCCAACACUCUUGUGCUAGGAUUUUAUGACAACUGUACCCCAGAAGACUAUUUCUUGCAAGAUCCAGCCUUUCAGAAUAGCCAAGAAAAUGAUUUGUUUGGUGUGGAUGUGACAUCAUUGCAAGCUCAUUUCCCUCCUGUACGAGACAAUGAGAGCAGCAAAUACAUGUCUUCAGCUGAGUACGUGGCAAUUAUUUCUGAUGCCAUCAAAAUGCAGAAGAAUGUCUGUCUGGGUCGUUACUUUUUUUCUCUAGACAAGGAGGACUUAUUCUCACGUAGCAGAAAGCAACCUGAUCGCAUUGCCAUUGAUGUGUGGCCACUGAACCUUCUUCGCCCAGACAGCACCAAUUAUGUGGAUGUCUGCAGUCUGUUUUUGUUACAGAUGGCAUGUAUCUUGAAUAUGGUAUCCUCUUGGAGAUCUGCACGUUUGCGGAUUUUUUUGUGCAUUGAGUCUGGAGAUGACGGGUGGAUCCGCAAAGAGGAGAAACUCAGGGAAUUACUGAAUAAACUGCGGAUCAAAGCCACUAUCAAGAUUGUGAUCUGGGAUGAUGUCACUGCUUUACACUGGCACAAAAAGCAGAGAGCUCCUACUCCUGGGGCUGGGGACGAUGGUGUAAGAUCCAUUGCCAAUGCACCCAAUUCUGCUAGCUUAACAAAUGUCUCAAAGAUUACUGAUGACUACCUUGUAGCUAUCAACCAAAUGAUUCUUAAGCAAGCUCUAAAUACCGCUGUUCGUUUUCUGUAUCUUCCCCGGCCUCCAGCUGAUACUUCCCAAUAUGAGCGUUACCUGGAGCAGCUAGAGAUCAUGACUAGAGAUCUGGGACCCACUCUGCUUAUUCAUGGUCUUACUGCUGUAACUUGUACUGAGCUCUGACCGUAUGGUGGUGCAUAUGUGCUUGUUAAUUUUUUCUCUUCAGUCACCAAAGUUUCUAGUACUGGGCUUUAAAAGCAUUUAAAAAAUGUUGUUUUGUGAAUGAGUAAAAAAGCCCACCAGUGUCGGUUCCACUGUUGAUAACAUGUAGUUUGCUGUGGACUGCAGUAAGGCAACACCUCUAGUGAGAAGUGUUCCCAAUAUGAAUAUCUGAGGAAAUUUACAGUGUCCCAUAGAAUCAAAAUGUGGAUUACAGCUGCGGAGGCUGAAAGGUAUUUAUUUCUGUCUAAAAUCAUUUGUGACUUGUUGUCAUGCAGUAUAAAAUGAUUGAUAUGUGACUAAAGAAAGACAAUUUUUUCAGUACUAGCAAUGUGUAAUUCCUACUUAAUGACAGAGGAGUUGGCAAUUUGAUGAGCACAGCAUAUAUCCCCAUGGGCUUGUGCUGCUCUUCAGUGCCCUGAUGGAUACUUUUGUAAGAGUCUUAUACUGACAACUUAUGUCAGCAGAUUCAAAUUCUGUAUGAAGCUAAUUGGCUAUAGUUUUUAACUCUAGGAUUGCUGAAAUGGAGAAGGAAAAAAGACAGAAGUAAAAAAAAAAAAACUAAAAAUGUUGUUUAAUAAUUUGAGAAAUUAUUUAGAUUUCAUCUGGAUAAGCUUUCAUCGAUAUCAUUGCUGCCAAGAUAAAUUAUGGCAUCUGACUAUGGCCCUGUAUUGAAAUAAGCCAGUUCAGUGGGAUGGAACUAUAAAUGACAAAAGUAUACAUCUUGUCUGUAGAACCAGUACAACGUAGUCUUGCUGACGGAUUUUUUGUUUUUAAUGUUGGUGUGUCUGUAUGAAAAAAUGUGAGUUUUGACAGAGAUGCAGGCAACAUGAAUUUACUUCAUAACAAAAGAUCCAGUUUUUAAACAUUUCUUCCCAGAACAAAUCUUCUAAAAGUUUGUACCUAUGACUAAACUUGAAAGUUCUCUACCUGCAUGUAUGAGACAUGUAGCUCAGUCCAUCAACUAGUGACAGACAGUUUUACAGAUUUUUGUAAAGGAUGUGUAACAUUUGUCAAAAGCUUCUCUACUGUCAAUUUUGUCUACAUCAUUCAGUUAACCAAAGACUUUUGUUCGAACAGUAAUAAUGCGCUUUAUAACCCUUUUCAAUUCAUUUUCUUAUAUAGGAUGAAUUAACACCAACAGCAUUUUUAGAUCUUUGAAAGCUUAAUGCUUUUUUUUCAUGAGUGGUAUUGUGGUCAUCUUUAUUUUAAAUUAAUUCUGUUCUCAACCUUUUUGAAUAAAAGAUGACUGAAUAUUUCGAAAAAUCAUUUCAAAAGUACUGCUUAUUUGAAAGUGCCUAAAACGUGACAUUCUACCUUAAAUAUAAAUGAAUAGGACUUUUGAUAUAUAUGGUACAUGCUUAAAAUGGCAGCCCUUUGGCACAGAUGUAUUAUGGGAUUGUUUUUGAAAUGACCGUGUUAGAUGUUCCUGUGCCAGGUGUGGUUUACGCUGUUUUAAGGUUUAUGAGCUUGGCCCUGGAACUUUCCUGGUGUUCACAUACCACUCAUGGUUGAUGUAGUUUAUGAAACAGCUAUGUCUGCCUUGUACACACCUGUACAGAUUACGUAAUUCCUUUUAUUGAUGAGAACAAAUCUAAUUAUGCAUGCUUUUAUUUGCAUACAAAGCAACACACAUUUUUAACAGUGACUACAUUAGAUAUUCUUCAUACUUAACAAUUGUGUUACCCCAGCAUAUUUGAUGUGGCUGAACACAUACCUUAAAAGCAGUACAUAUAGUCGGGUGUGUUCACUGUAUAGACAACAUCUUGCCAUAUUUCACUUUGUUUCAGCUACUGGUUGUUAUAGGUUUACAUGUUUUUACAUAUAUCCUAUUAUUUUCCUAGUUGUAUUCCAGACAUAACUUCUUUCAGUUACUUUUAUAUAAAACCUAUUUGAUUAUCAUGUUUAAGUUGUCAAAAACAUUACUCUGCAUUAUGUGUGUUCAAAAUAUUUUCAACCUUUCAUGGAUUUUAGAUCUAAAUCCCAAUAUGGUGCUUUUGAGUAAAGGCAUCUUCUCAUGUGAUGUUUAGUAGUAACCGUCUGUCUUCCUUGUGUAUGUGCAGUGUGAAUCAAUAACAUUUUCUCAAAGAGGUUUUGUUCAUGUGUAUUCUCCCUGUUACAAACACACUUUAAAAAUAGGAGGAAAAAGUGGCACACUACACUGUGGUAAUGCAUAGCCAAGUAGGUUUGCAACAUGAGCAACAAGUGAAAGGCAGCUAUACAUUUUUCAGUUACUCCUAAGCACAGAAGCACACUUCCACAUUAACUAUUUUUGUCAUGAAGCGUUCAAAAUGGGAAGAUUUUGUUACUAAAUAAUUGAGGUAAUAUUUCUUUUAAUUAACAGGUUUCUUUGCAAAGACCAGUAGAUGCCAAGAAUGCUUUUUUAUGUAAUUUUUCUGCAUACAUAUCCUUAAAUACUGUUCACUGAAAAGUUUGCAACUUUGACGUUGUAGUUUACUCUAGUGCUUGCUCAAACAAAUGCCAAAAUUUGCAAACUAGUUUGCAGAGUAUGAGUAGAAUAAGCAAACCUUUGAAGUGAAUCUGUCAUUUUUGUUGUAAAAGUCAACAUUUUGUAGCACAAAAGAACGAAUAAGCUGUCUUGGUUGAAACAGUGCCAUUGAUAUCUAAUACCAUCCAUAAAAUUGCAAAAUAUGCUUGAGUAACUUAUGGUUCUUUUGCUGUGAUGCCUUAAUAUAUCUCAAUUUGUGUCUGCUGUUAUCCAAGAAUAUUUAAAAUCAAGAGGAAAACUUACCCAUAAUACAUUUUGUCCUGCUACUAAAUUAAAUUAGUGAGAGGAAUUUGUAUCCCGUUUCAGUUUGCUUCUGUAAUGUGACAAAUGCCAUGAUAGUAUCAAUAAAAGUAAAUUUAAGCUUU